AUGCCCAUUAAGAAAAUCAGAUUGCACCCUUUGAAUGCUGAAAAGGAUAAGAGCGAUGGGUCUGACGCGAAGAAGGUUAGUCUGGAUUCAGUAAGAUUUAGCAUCGGAAAGGCUUUGAUCAGGGCCAGUCGAGUUCCAGGCCCGAGGCAAGCCGCAGAGGAUGAUGGGAGUUUGACCAAAAGACCAAUCCUGGCACGUCUAGAAGGGAAUGGAUGUCCAGGAGCUGUAAUAGAACAUUCCAGUCCAAAGAUGCUUAAAACAGCGAAAUAUGGCGUCUCCUCUUCUGAUGCCCGGCAAUGUAGUGUUUCCGGUGAUGGCAGAGGUAUUAGGGUUUUGCACAAUGACGAGAAGUUUAAGGACCAAGAUGAAAUAUUUGUGAAAAAGGCGUCAGAAGGAAGUGCCCCCCCAGGACAGUCUGUUGGUGCAGAACAGGAUUCUUCCUCUUUUGAAGACACAGGGUUUAUUAAGAAACUAGGUUCUUCUUCAGAAACAGAUAAAACCAGGAGUCUGCAGAAUUCUGGCUGCUCUGAGAGGAGAGGACUGAAACGUUAUUUGCCUUCAGAAGAUAUAAAGACACCCAAGAAGGUGUUGUGCAAUAACAAGAAGAUUAAUGGCAGUGCAGGACAGCCUAUUAAUGCUGAACAGGGUUCUUCUUUUUUUGAAGGCAGAAAAUCUCUCAAGAAGCUUGGCUCUUCUUCUGUAACGGAUAAAAUUAGAAAGAGUCCGCGAAAUUCUCGUUGCUCUGAGAAGAGACCACAGAAGCAGUAUUUCCCUACAGAAGAUAAGAAAACACUCAAGAAGCAAGGCUCACUACCAUCCAGUAGCCGCACUGUUCGAGGCUCAUUACCAUCCCCUUCUCUUUCUAAAGACCAAAAAUACCUCAAGAAAUCAAGCCCUUUGAAGUUGCAGAAGAGUCAAAUGAGGCUGAGUAAUUUUUCUUCAGCAGAUGAAAGUAAGGUUAACAUGCAUGAUUCUCUGCCCCCAAAUAUAGAAUCAGAUGAUGAAAACGACUUCUGUAACACUGGUUAUAAUGUUACAGAGGCUAGCAGAGUCAUGACAAAAGCUCCUCUUUCGUCUGAAAAUGACACGUUACCUGAAAGUGCAAGUCGUAGGACUGAGAAGCAGACAUUGCGGGAUCAAAUCAAGGGCAUGCUACUGUGUGCUGGCUGGAAAAUUGAAAUGAAACGCCGCAAGGGUAAAAAAUAUGAAGAUUCUGUUUAUGUUUCUCCUGAGGGAAUAGGUUAUUGGUCAAUCACCAAGGCAUAUGGUGUUCUUAAGGAACAAAUAAACAAGAUUGACGAGCUGGGUAACAAGAAAGGGUGUCCUGGAAAUAGUAAUGAGUUAACAGAUCAGUUUUCUGUCAUACCAACGGAUAUGCUUGGGAUACUGAAGAGGAAAAUAGUUAAGAAUAGAAGAUUUAUUGGAGCUGAAAAAUUUGUGGGGAGUAAGAAGACCAAGUGUGUGACCAGCUCUAAAUCUGCUAAAAUGAAGAAGGUUGUGGCAGUGAAAAAGGAAAUAAACGAAAAUGGUAUUGUUGGUUCAAGCAGGAAGAAAAACAAAAAUCGAAGAGGAUGUGCAUUGUUAGCUCGUAAUGCUAAUCAAGAGACAGAUUCAGAGGGUGACAAUUAUGUUCCUUAUGCAGGAAGACGUUCUGUUUUGGCAUGGCUGCUGGAUUCGGGAACUGUUCCUUUGAAUGGAAAGGUCAAGUACAUGAACAAAAGGCGUACAUGGGUAAUGUUGGAGGGCUUAGUUACAAGGGAUGGCAUACUUUGCAAAUGUUGUAGCAAAACUCUUACAGUUUCAAAAUUCGAGAUUCAUGCUGGGAGCAAACAGAAACAGCCUUAUGAAAACAUAUUUCUAGAAGGAUUAGGGAUUUCACUUCUUGAAUGCCAACUGGAUGCUUGGAAGAAGCAAGAAGAGUCUAAACGAUGUCCAUCCCAUUUGGUACGUGUCACUGAUGAAGAUCCCAAUGAUGAUACAUGUGGAAUCUGUGGAGAUGGUGGCAAUCUAAUAUGUUGUGAUAGUUGCCCUGCAACCUUUCAUCUAAGCUGCUUAGGUAUUCAGGUAAGUUCCCAGACCGGAAAAUGAGGAUUGAUUUUGCCUCUGUAUUUAAAUGUUUCUUUGACGUCAUUGAGGAAAUUCAUUUACGUGCUCAUGCUCUUUGUUCAUACUCCAUUCUUUGAACAAUAUUUUAGGGUUCAAGACCAAUGGAGAGGUGAGUAUCGUUGAUGAUGUUGCAUGGCUUUCUGGUAUUGUAGGUAUUGAUUCUAAUAUAGUUGGGCUUACGCAUGGUGGCUCCGCUUGAAGGGUAAAUUUGGAAUCUCGCGACUGCUCAAUAAGCAGUCAGCGUGACAUAAUGACCUUAUGCUUCACGGUCACGUGUUUUAGUGUUCCUUUUUAGGCCCAGUCUUUUCCCUAGGGGUGAGGCAAUGCACAUGUUUUCUAAACUUCACUAUUCUAUCAGCCUUAAAAAAUGCGCCAACUACUACGGAAAAAAAUGGAGAAAAUAAGAAAACACAGUUACGUAAUUGAGUCACAGAAAAAUUAGAAUGCUUAUUUUUCCUCUUGUCAUUUUUUUCCACAACACAUGCAUAUUAUUUUGAAACCCGAGUUGCUUAAAAAUGUCUUAGCCCCGUGGCAUUUUUUUCCCACAGUAUUCUAGUUGAAUAUUUUAGAAAUAAUUCAUACAUUGUAGUAACUUCCCUCGAUUUUCCUAUUUGCAGACGCCUCCUCCUGGUGACUGGCACUGUAUGAACUGUUUGUGUAGAUUUUGUGGGCGAGCUGAUAGUAAUACUUCGGAUGGCCACAGUCUGACUGGUUCCUUGUUGCUUUCAUGCGGACAGUGCGGGGAAAAAUGUCAGCAUUUUACUUAUUCCAUGCUUCUUCCUGAGUUUUUUGAGAACGAAGGAUGCUAAUUAUUGUUGUAUCAUGCAGAUCAUCAAGUCUGCAUGCCAGACCUUGAUGCAGCACCUGUUAACACAAAUCAUUUGGGCCUUUCCUUUUGUGGGCAGAGCUGCAGAAUGGUAUCAUUUCAUUUAUCUGUUUUGUUUUUUAGCUAAACUUUCUUCUUUGCAUGGCAUUUUUUUUCUUCUGGUGUUCUCACUCGAAUUUCUCUAAUUUAUUAGAGUCGUGAACUCCUGUGGAUCUCUGAACUUGGCAGAAUACCUUCGUUAAUUUAUUUAUUUUUCUUUUUAAGCUUGAUGGAACCACAAAGACGAAUUGCAUUGUGAUAUCUUUUACAACACACCGGAAAAGGCCUUCAUGUUUUAUCAACUAAUCUCUUUAUCCUCUCUCUCUCUCGCUAUCCAGCUAUCUAUCUUUAUACAUAUCUACAUAUAUAUAUAUAUAUAUAUCUGUGUGGAGAAUUAUUUGCAUUUGUUCUGAAGCAACAAACUAGCAACAUCGGAUUUAUAAAACAAGUGAUGGUUCGUGGUGAUUUCGCCAUUGAAUUUCAAUUCCAAAAUGUGUAACAUUUUGAACACUGGACGUACACAUUCUUGCAUUGCUUAUUAGUAGCUUUCAUUAUUCCUGCAUACUCAAGCCGAAAUAAAGUGGGACCGAAAUGAAAUUCAUGAAAAAAUUGCUUGGAUAUAUUAUCACUGUUUCGUAUCAAAUGAGUUGUCGUAGGUUUAGAAAUUCUCAACUCUCUAUAUUUUAUAAUUACUUCGACAUUCGUCAUCUCACUUUUCUCUGGGAUUUGCGGUCCCAUUUCUAGAGCAGCUAUGUUACUUUGAGUUCUGACCAAUCUUGGUAUGCAACUGGACUGCAAUGUGAUCUCGGCCUGUUUGAGAGGUGUUGCUAUGGAUGGUUGAACUUGUACCUUCAGAGUAAUCACUGGAUUGCGGCUGCUGUUGCUUGUGUCGCAUCCCCGCUUAGUCAUUCAUGUUCAAUAUGGACAUUCUAUAGUAGAUUGUUUAGCUCCGUUUAGCCUUGAUGAUCCAGUCCACCUUGACAACUGUAGUUAAUUGUAAACAUUUCUCAUGGUCAAUACCAAAAUGUCUCGUUAUUCCUUUGCCACCAGAGUAUCUGGGCCCCCUGAAAAUUAAGUUUAUUUUAUUAUAUUUUCUUUGAAGCAGCAUUUUCACUGACGUGAUCUUUGAUUAUUUCAGCUCUUCGAGCAGCUUCAGAAUCUUAUUGGUAUUAAAAACGACUUGGAAGGUGGUUUUUCGUGGACUCUUGUACGGCGGUUUUAUGAUGAUUCUCUAGAAUCCUGUUCUGAGUUAGCUCAAAGGGUAGAAUGCAAUUCCAAGAUAGCUGUUGCGCUUUCAGUGAUGGAUGAGUGCUUUCUGCCCAUUAUUGACCAAAGAAGUGGCAUAAACUUGAUAACCAAUGUCCUAUACAAUUGUGGGUGAGUAUGCCUGAAACAUUACUUUAAGUUAAUAGUCAUUUCUAUGAAAUAGCAAAAUAACACAAACUGCACAUGCACGGCAUUAUAUGCUGAAUUCUUCUAUUGUUGUACGGCAUCAAUAACUAAGUACUUCAUCCUUGGUAUCAUGAGAUAAAAGUUUACAACUGCUGGUAGUAUUGUCUGUCCUAAGAUGCUUCGUAUAAAAAUAACCGUUCUACUACCAUGAUGUUAUCGUAACUAUCUUUUUUGAUCUGGCAUAAUGUAAUGCAAUGUUACAUUGUUUGCCCUUUGGUUAUCCUGAGAUAAAGUUUUCACCACAACCGGAAUGGUUUCCCUUCUCAUAUUUUAUGUUUCAAAAAUGCAAAAUCAAUAUUCAGCUGUAGUUUGUAUUAGUCAGUUAUAUUGAUCCAUUGCAUUAACAUGUUCCUUUGAUUCUAAUGCUAGUUUUUUCACGUCCUCUUCUGUGUUUCUCUCUAAAUACAUUUUUUGUUCUGAUGUUAUAAUUGUGCAACGGUUCUGUCUUGAACUUGAAGACAACCUUUGUCAGACUUUCUCUUGGAGAAGAAUACAUUGUAUCUUCCUGCUAUUUUUCACUAUUGCGAAGGGAAAUUGUGAAGGAAACUUAACCUGUAAGGAAGGCAGUUCGGUGGGCCACCUAGACCCGGCCAGUCCCACAGGGACAGAUCUGACAUGUGUCCCAUGGAGGUGCCAACAGAAAAUAAUGAACUGUGGCAAAGGAAAUGGAAGGACGGGAAUGAUCAACGAAUCACCCUUUUUCAUGGUGCUGUGUAUCUUUGCUGCCCUUCAAAUCUAUUUGACUGUUUUAAUGCAAUGCCACAUUGGGAGCCAUUAUUUCUAUCUCAGAAACAAACCACAAAUAUCGGCAGAUGUGGUUAUCUCAGCCUAGGUUUUCUCAAUCUUCUAGUCUGUAAAAAUUAAAAUGCCUUCCCAUUGUGUUUAGUAUUUGCGUUUGCUGUCAUCUGGAUCUCCUUUACAUUCUAAGUGCUUACUGAUCUGAUAGAUUAUGACUGGUGUGUACCAUUUGUGAUGCAUUUAACCAAGUAUUCUGUUCAUAUUUUGCAGAUCAAAUUUCAGUAGGCUUGACUAUCAGGGUUUUUAUACUUUCAUUCUGGAACAAGGUGAUGAAAUUCUCUCUGCAGCAUCAAUCAGGUAUGGGGCUGCAUUUUUUCAUCCUUUUUGCUACCCUCAUGGCUCGGAAUUGAACACAUGCUUUGUGACCGGAUGUGAUCAAACCUCAAUCGUUUUCAAAUAUCCUCUAAUCAGGCUGGAAUCGGUUUAAACCAUAUACAUUUAAAUAUAAAUACAGAUAUCAGCUAUCAUCACUUGUCUAUACUUACGUUAAUAGGACCAUAUCUCAAGUCCCUGAUCACUGACUUCUUCCUACGAGCUUGAAUGAUUGUGGUACCAAAACUGCUGUCUUCGACAAAUGUAAUUCGUAUGUACCGGAUCAUUCAUACCAUCUUAAAGAUGCAGGCUCUGCAACUUGUGGGUACACACCAUUUUCGAGGUGUAAUUUUGAAAUUAAAAUAUGCAUUAUCUUCUUUGAAGAAAUGCAGUUGAGGUUCUUGAAAAUUGUUGAUUAGAUUCGCCUAAUACUCUGGGUCCAGUGUACAUUUUUAAUGAGUGAUUAAUUGUUUGUGCUUUUUGAACAGAAUUCACGGAAAGAGGCUCGCAGAGAUGCCAUUUAUUGGCACUCGUCACAUCUAUAGGCGCCAAGGAAUGUGCCGAAGGCUUCUAAAUGCAAUUGAGGAGGUAAUAGAGGUUAUUCUGCCUAGCAAUGUUUUGAAAUGAUAGAAGUACCCUUGAUAUCGUCAACUCUUCUCCAUAGAAAAAAAGAGAUGUUCGAAAUGAAGAAUUUGUUUGACCAUAGGCAAGAGUAUCUUGCGCCAUUUAGGCCCAGUUGACUAGCAAUUUGAUCAAACUCCUUGCAUUACACCGGGUUUUUCUCAUCUUCAGAAUAACUGGUGAAAGUGGGCUGAUGGAAAUUCGAGUAGAAAAUAUUUAAUUUGUCAUGCUAUUUUUGUAACUGAAUUUCUGUGAAGGUCACUCAGCACUUAAUUUGCAGUGUAAGGUGCAGGGACUGUUCGAUUAGGUUGGUUACAUGUGCGCGGUGUUUGGAUGAGAUCAUCCUUCUCUAAUACUUCAUUACCUACAUUGAGAAACGUAUAUGAAUAGAGGUGGAAUUCAAUCGAAGGCUGUGUGCUGGUUUCAUUGGUUACUUCCGGUGUACUUUGGCUAUACUUUCCCACUAAUUGGGGACAGGUUUCAGGGUUCUCUGUUUCUGUUAGCAUCCUUUGCUCCCAUUCGUUUCGUCCCCUUGACUUCUUCCUUGUCCCCAUACUCUUAUACCCUCCGCUUUUUCGCAUUCAUUUCUCCUUGAUAUCUCUUGGAGCACGCUCCUAAUACCUUGUACCUUGCUCGAUUUUCAGGCUCUUGGCUCCCUUAAAAUCGAAAAGCUGGUUAUACCUGCAAUAUCUGAGCUCAUGCACACGUGGACUGUGGCGUUUGGUUUUGAGCCCCUCAGCGAUUCAGACAUGCAAGAGAUAAGGAACAUGAAUAUGCUGGUCUUCCCCGGCACAGGUCUGUUGCAGAAGCAUUUGUUGAGGCAGGAAAGUUGCGCACCUGUCCAGGGAGGUAAAAUCCUCAGUGGCAUUGUCAUGGGUCAAUUUCUCCAUCUCCUUUCCAAAAAUUGA